GUUAACAAAAUUAUAUCUUUAAAUUAAUUGUUAAUUAUUGGGAGGGAAGCAGGGAUAUUAAUGAUCACGUUUGUAGUGCACCCUACAGUUGAAAAUGGAUAUUAAGUCUUGGGCAGUCUUGGGCCUUGGGACCAUUGGGACAUUGGGACGCAUACAUGUGUGACCGAACCGGAGUGCUCAGUGAGGAAAUAGAAAUAUAUAUUAGAAGUCUUGGAACUUGAAAUUUAUUAGAACCCAUAUAUGUGAGAAUCAGAGGUCAGAGAGGAUUUCCUCUCUGGUGAGAUUGAUAUCAGUCCCAUAUGGAAUUCGUGAGACUCAGAUCUCAGAUGAGCUUGGCGAUUUAGCUCCACGAUGGGACUCGUGGUGGGACCGAUGGGACCUUUUCAAUGACAAAUACACCAAUGAGAUAGCAAGGUUCACGCCAUCUAACAGGACGACAACAUAAUAACCUAAAUAUAAUACAGUUUCAAAUUUCUAACGAUACUUUCAAACAAAGAGUAAGUACAUAUUGUUAAAAUAUUUGUGGAGAGAUAAAAGCACAUACAGUUAAGUAAUUAUGUAUUAUAAGAAACGAUAUCGUAUUGAUUCGGAGAUCUACUCUUGAAAAUGAGAACAUCUGUUUUCAUAGUUUGUGUGAAAUUUCCUAUAUGAAUGAGAGAAGCGGACGAUUGCUGAAGUACGUCAAUCGAUUAUUUUUCAAACAAGAUGAAAAGCAUAUAAUAAACAAUAAAAUGAGAGAACAUGUUAAUAUAAGUUAAGUGAUCCAUUAAAACGUGUAUAUAUAGUUGUUUAACAAGUAAGAAGCUAGCAGCCUAUUAAAGAUUUCAUAAUACUAUUAAUACAGCACAAGCUGUUUCUUUGGCUUAAAGAUGUUAAGGAGCAAACGCAGUUAUAAAAGUGAUUCAGAUACUACUAAAUUACAUAGCAGAUCUCGGGCAAGAUCUGUUCCGAAGGAAACCUAUUCCAAAGAACAAAGGCAUGUUCCCAGUGUUCAUAAAGAGAACUGGGAUUACAACACAGCAUUGAAAUAUCCUUCGCGUGAAAGUAAAAGUAUGUCUACUGAUUUGAAAAAAAUGGAUUUAACUAAUUCUGUAGAAAAUGAGAGCAAGAUGAGUUCGACGUUGAAGAGGAAGAGUUGCGAGCUCGGAGAAAUUAUUCCAAAGAGAGCUUUAAAGUCUAUGGAUUUUAAAGAGAAAAAUAAUUGUCAGGAAAAUACAUCUAGUCCCUUGAGAAAUGUACGUAGAAGUAGUAGAAAGUCAACAUCGAAAUAUAGGACUAAAAUGCCAGGCGAAGUAGAAGCUGAUGAGGCAGAUAGUAUGUAUAAAAGUUUUAAUUCAGGUAGAUGCCGUUCUUGUCGUGGUAGAACGUUACGACAAAGAAAUGAAGAUCGGCCUGAGAUCAGGAUUGAAAAAGGAAAGCCUUUAGAAAAUGAAAUAAAAUUAAGAAAUCAGUUAAGGUGGUUCAUUCCAGACACCGAUAUUGGAAAAUCAACCAAUUCUGAAGAUGAGACCGACUGCAGAAUUCCUAUGAAAAUGAAAGAAAAAAAGGAGAACAGCUCUGUUACAACUGGUGAUACGAUGAGUCUGUUCGCAAAUAAUAAGACGCAACCGGUGGACGAUGUGCCUGUGAAUAUUACGAAGAGAAAACGCGGAAGACCUAGGAAAUCAAUUGAAAUUCAAUUGUUGAAUGAUAAGCGCAAGAGGCAUAAAAAACUGGAAGUGGUUCCUGUUUCAAUAAAGAAGAAGAAGAAGAAGAAGAAGAAACAAAGAUUAUCUCAUACGGUGCACAGUUACGAACAGUAUAUUAAGAAAACAGAGAAGAUGUCGUAUAUCACAAAAACCUUUUCUCAAAUUACCUUAGCGGAAUCGAGUGAAACUGGUAUUAAUAUGAAUCAAAAUGUAAUAUCUUAUAAAAAUGACAUAGAUACUAAUAAAGUAUCGGUGAUACCUUUAGUCAGGAUAGAAGACAUGCCUCUGUCUCAAUUGUCUAAAUUACUUCAACCGAUGGACACUCGAGAGAUUGACAAAACUUACUACGAAAAGAAGACGCAACAUUCCGCGUACGUGACUAGAACGACGAAAGUCGAACAAGGUGAGGGGAUAAACGUGUUGUACCACGAAUCGGUAUGCGAGAAACAACAAAUAAAUAUGAUAAAGAAAAUGGACACGAACGUAAAUCGUGAAACGAACAGAGUUAAUGCAUCUUCGAACCGUAAGAUAAUAGACAGUAUUAGAAUACUGAAAUUAGAUAACAACGGAUAUGACUCGCAGUUCACGAUAGAAGAUGUUCUACAAUUAUUUUUAAAGCUCCGGAAUUUAAAAUAUAGAUCAAUGCAGGAAUCUGAUUGUUCGAAGACUGUGCAUACAUGCGCAGCGAUGUGCAAUAACUGUAAAGAAGCCUUCGACCUGUUACACCACUUUUCAAGUAAAGUGAACUUGAAAAAUGAAACGCUGUCCGUUGAAUGUAUACCUUGCGAUCUACGAAUCAAUUUUCUGUCUCAUCUGCAAGAACAUGUGAUGAAUGUACAUUUGAAGUGCGAAGGUAAAGACAACAACAUCGAUUAUCCCGUUCACCUUAUCAAUUUCAAUGAAGAGUUAGACAAGAAAAACUUUAGAAUUAUUUCUGUAUGUUGUUGUUGCUCGAAGGUAUUUAAAAAACCGAAAUUGUUUAAAAAUCAUGUUAACAGUUAUCACACAUCUAAAAUUUUCAAAAAUUGCAAUAAUUACAAUGUCGAACAAAUGGUCGAAAACCCUCAAUUGUACGAGCUCUGUAAAAAUGUACAUACAUCUAAUGAAGACUACACCUUAAACCGUAGUCCGAUUUUCGAUAUUGCGAACAAUAUAAGCGGCAUUUAUAAUGAGCGACGAGAUAUUAAUCUUGUAAAUCACGAUUCGAUACAGAGUUGUAUUAACACGACACAAGUGAAUAUAACUAACAGCCUCUACUGUAACAAUUUGAACAGUGAAAGUACAUUAUUAGAGUGGACGAUGCAGGUGCGAGAAAAAAAUAUAAUAUUACAGGGAAAUAAUGAUUCGAAUCAUUCACGAGGUAAGAUCAGUGGAACGAUAGAGGCAGUACCGAUGAUCGAAGAACAAACUGCAAAUUUAAAUAUUUGUGAACCUCAGGCAAAAGUUGACAGCAUGCUCGUUUGUCAUCUUUGCUCGAAAUCGUACAAACGUAAAAGACAUUUAUUAAACCACAUAUCUUUGUACUGUAAGGCACGCACGAUACUCAACGAGCAAAGAGCAGAAGAUACAAGUAACAAUAGUACAACGAAAUUAGGAGAAGAUUCGGUUGCAUCGGACACAGGCAUUACGAAUCUUCACGAUGGAAUCACAAAUUCGGAAGAACCAAGUCAACCAGAAACACCGGAAGAUACGACAAUAGCUGAUAGAGAAGUCGACGAUGCUGGAAAUGAAAAUGUAGAAUGUGCUGCAAACGAAAACGAUGCCUCGAUGGAAAACGAUGCCUCGACGGAAAACGAUGUCUCGACGGAAAACGAUAAUUCCAAUCAAAUUUUGCAUAUAAAUCUCAUGGAAAAAUCAGAAGAACUAGCCUCGAAAAUACAACAGUCAUUUAAGUUCAAUAUUAGUAUCACGAAAAUUACCAAAGACCAAGAAGAGAUAGAAGAUGAAAAUGAGUUACCAGUUAGUCUUAUUGAGGACGAAGAGGAAACUACUUCUACGCAAGAAAAUGUUAGCAGUUCAAGCCAAUGGUGUUGCGACAUAUGCGGCGAACAAUUCGUUUCACGUGCGAUGUUCAUUGAUCACAUGUUUUUCUCACACGAUGUUGAAUUCGAGUAUUCAAAAUCAUUGAAUCAGCUAUCGGAACUGUUCUCCAGUGAUGAGAAGAACCAGUCUCCUAGACAUAACUGUAUACUCGAGAAGAAGAACGAUGUAGUGCCCAAGUUAAGGAAACGUAAUGGAUCGUUUAAGAGAGAUUCAACGGCGUGUCAGAUUUUCAAAAGGAGUAAGAAAUGGCGUUGCGGUGAAUGCAAAGAGAAUUUCGCCUUCCUGAGGAACUACCUGCGACACAAGUAUGAUUGUCACGAGGACGAGUCGGUAGUUCAUAUUUGUGACAAUUGUAACAGGAUACUUACUUCGGUAAAAAUGGUGAACACUCACGUGUGUAUGAAAGUUACUACAUGGGCAUGCAAACGAUGCAGUCUCUACUUCCCCAAUGGGAUAUCUUUAAUGCGUCACAACGAGCAUUCACAUUUUGAGAGCGUAGGUCCACAUGUCUGCGAGAUGUGUGGAUCAACUUUUCUUACAGAUCACAUGUUAAGAAAACAUAGGACUAAGCACGCGAACGAUGAUUCUAGUAAUAUGAGUCAACACCUUGCGUCGGAUGCAGGAGAUCAUUUACCUUCCACUUCAAAUGUUAGAGCACAAACGCCAGAUGAUGACACCACUUUUUCCCAUGAGAAUCCGGGACAGUCAGAGAUGUUAGAGGAAUUGAACAAAAUAUUUUCGAAAAUGUAUAUCACGUGUGACGUGAACGACAGUCAGGAAGUAAUAUAUAAAUGCAACAAUUGUAGCACGUUGCGUCCCACGGAGUCUGCGAUGACGGAGCAUUUGAUAGAGUGUUGUAAAUUAGAUAUAUGUCAAAUUUGUAACGACGUGAAACCUGGAUACAAAUUGACGGAACAUCUGAUUCACGAGCAUAUGGUCGCGGACUAUGCAUAUCUCCAGGAAAACGAUGUAGAAGGAACGGUUCAAAAUCCUGUAAACGAUACUAUAAACAUUCUCGGGUUGAAACGUUUGCUGUCUCUUUAUGAAUAUCAAAAAUUCGACGGUAAUAUAGAAUGCAUUGAAUGUGAGUUAUGUACAGAACAAUUUGCGAGUAGUCAGUUGUAUAAAGUUCAUUAUUUGAAGUAUCACGAUAAAAUAUGUUUGUUGUGUAACAUCGAGUUCGAUCAUAACGUUCAAGCGUUAGAGCAUAAAACAAAAAUUCAUAAAUCCUUUCACUUGUAUUUGUGGAUAGUACAAAUGUUACUAUUAGCUGUUUCACGCAUAGGACAUUAUGGAAAUACCAUUGAACAAGUGAUAUUAAAAUCUAGUGAAAUAAGAAUGUGUUAAAAGAUAGUGUGCAUCUUUCACAUUGUAUUUCGUGUAUUAAAAUAGACGUGUCAAGCAUUUUUACAAAUGCUAAUUUUAAUAGAUUAAGGUUCCUACUUUAAUUAAAACGAUGUGCGUAAUUGUAACAUA